CGACAUGCCGCUUGGGCAAAAUAAUGCGAUCAUACGAAGUGUAUAAGUCUGCUCAGAUGGAUAUCUCGCGCUCAUGCGUGUAGCAAUCAGCAGUGUUCAAGCGGGCCAAGAGCGCCAGUAUGCUCUCGCUGCGGGUGAAGGGGCCUGCAAAUAACUGUGGAAGGCUAGAUAAUCGGUUAUCAGACCCCCAGUGGCAGGCGAAAUUCUGUCCUGCUCGCCAUCUCAGCAAUGCCCACCUAUUUCAACAGCAGAAAAGAUCACAGCAGGCCUCACAGCAUGCAGCGAAUCUAAGGACGAGGAGGCAGAAUAUCUCAUGCACAGCUAUAAAUCGUCACUUGGUGGUGCACGAGGAUGCCGGCGUGUCACUACCUUUGGAAGAAGGCCUUGCUGAGGCGCCUCAGAAGCUGGAUGCUCUGUACCGCUUCUCGCGGCCCCACACCAUGUUGGGCACCUUCAUCAGCGUGUGUUCAGUGUCAGCGCUAGCUGUGGGGCCCACUGGAUGGACAGGACAAGCGUUCAUUGUCUUGCUCCAGGCGCUUGUUCCAGCGCUGCUGAUGAAUGUCUCCAUAGUUGGGCUAAAUCAGAUCUUUGAUGUGCCCAUCGACAAAAUCAAUAAGCCCUACCUGCCCCUGGCCUCAGGGGAGUUUUCCAUGAGGACCGGCAUUGCACUGGUUGUGGGGACUGGCAGCUUGGCGCUUGUGAUGGGAUUUCUGACAAAUUCUCCACCAUUGCUAGCCACCCUUGUAGGGAGUCUGCUGCUCGGCAUUGCGUACUCCACAGACCUGCCCUUCCUGAGAUGGAAACAAUACCCUGUGAUUGCAGCUGCCUGCAUCCUGGCAGUCAGGGCAGUCAUGGUGCAGCUGGGGUUCUUCUUUCACAUGAAGACGGCACUGGGAGCACAGACAGUGGCACUGACUCGCCCCCUCAUCUUUGCCAUAUCCUUCAUGCUCUUCUUCUCGAUCGUGAUCGCCCUUUUCAAAGACAUUCCAGACGUGAAGGGCGAUGCACAGGAGGGUGUGCGGACACUGAGUGUGCGAGCUGGCGUUGAGACAGUGUUCUGGACAUGCAUCGUCCUCAUGGAGGUUGCAUAUGCUGGUGCCAUUGGCGUGGGCCUGAUGUCACCGGUCAUGUGGAGCAAGGCGGUCACUGUUGCAGCACACACGCUCAUGGGACUGUUGCUAUUAUGGCGUGCCAAACGGACCGACCUCAACAGCAGCUCAGCCAUAUAUAAGUGUUACAUGUUCACGUGGAAAUUGUUUUAUGCCGAGUACCUCCUGAUUCCUUUCUUGUGCUGA